AUGGAGCUUGGGAAUAUCACCCAUACUCCGCCAGUGCAGCCCAUCUCUCCUAUAGGCAUUCGGGCAGAGGAUCCUCACAAUGAUGAGGAAGUUGACAAUAUAGAGGACCAUAUAAGGAAGGAUGAUAUCCCUGAAGUGGAGGUAAAGUAUGACGAUGCUGGGAGGGUUAUAAUAGAACCUUUAGGUAUAGGUUGGACCCCUAAUCGUCAUGCUGUUAAGGCACUUGGCCUUGCAAUUAGGUCACAUUUUGAGGGCCCCUACCAUCAUUAUGAGGCUGUCCCUGAGGAUGUGCAGGUCAGAUGGUGGACGGAGUUUAAGACAAGAGUUACUUGGACAGCUCAGGAUGAGUGGCAAAUUAAAAAAGUGUAUGAAACAAAAGUUAAAAAACGCCUUUCUGAUAUGCUCACCAAAGCUAGGGAUAAGAGGAAGAGACCUCAUUGGAUAGGUGAACAGGCGUGGGUUGAUCUUUUAAUAUAUUGGGUGACUGAUAAGAAGUUCAAGGAUCAGUCUGCUCAAAAUAAAAUUAACCGGACUUCUAGUCGUGGUGGAGCAGUGCACACUACAGGACGCAAGUAUCACCUUGACAUUGCAGUAGGCCUAGAGCGUAAAUAUGGCAAACCUGUGGAUCCAGACGUGUUGUUUCUGGCCACUCACAAAAACAAGGACGGUCGUUGGGUUGACGAUCGUGCUCGUGAUACAUAUGAAAAAUAUCAUGAGCGUUUGCGGGUGGCUCAAUCACAGAAUGCUAAAGGGUCCACUGAUGAUACUGGGGCUAUGAAGCUUCAGUGUUGGAAGGAUGCUGCUGGAGGCAAGACUAGGGGUCGGUGUUAUGGCACCGAGGACUUGGCUUCCAACAUCCGUCGUGGUGUGUCAUGCCUCACUCAGGAGACAUUAUUAGAUCCUCACACUAGUCAUGCACACCAACAUUCAGCUGAGGCCAAGGCAUUGCGCCAACAGGUUCAGCAAGCAAUUGAGCGAGCUGAUGUAGCGACUACUGGCUUAGUUGAAGCAAAUCAAAGGUAUGCACUAUUGGAGGAGCAGAUGCAGUUGAUGCAGGAGCAAUUACAGAUGGUGUUGGACCGCAGGUCUAGGGGCAGCUAAAUAGGUACUAGUCAAAUGCACCCUCAUAAUGCUGAGGACUUGGAUGAUCAGCCACUGGUUGAGGAGAGACCCCCAGCUCGUCAGCGUCGGCAUCGGUGUCAUUAGCUGUUUUCUUUUUAGGAAGUUUACUAUUUAGUUUUUUUUUGUUAUAUCUACUUUUUAGGUCCCAUCAACUUUUAUGAUGCAUCGACUUUUUUGUUAU